AUGGACCUUCAGUAUGCACAGGGGCAGUUUGCUGCCAAGUGUGACACGGCUGCGAUAAGAAUCAGCACCACCAAGUCCGAGGCCAUUGCGCUCCACCAGAGAAAGUGGUUUGCCACCUCCAGGUUGGAGGAAAGUCCUCACCCCAAGUUGAGGAGUUCAACGAGACCAAAGCCUGUAGUGAAGGUGAGUCCAGAUCAGCAUGUGUUCAUUGGAGAGACAGUCACUCUCACAUGUGACAUACAGACAGGAGGAAACAUUCAGUGGAUCGGAUACAGCUGGAUUAAAGAUGGAGACACUCACAAUCCACACAGAACAACAUCAGCAGCAGAGUUGAGUUUCAGAGCUGUUUCUGCGUCUGUCAGUGGUCAAUACAGCUGUAGAGGAGAGAGAUCAGACUCACAGAGAUCAGACAUCAGUGAUACUCUUACACUGACUGUAUCAGCUUUACCCAGAUCUAGAGUGACUGUGACACCAGACAGUGCUGUAUUCACUGAAGAGACAGUCAAUCUGACGUGUGUGAUUGAGUCUGAUCACAGUGACUGGACAUAUGAGUGGUAUAAAGACAGAAACAGUGUAAAUUUACAGUCUGAUGGUCGUUACACUGUAAACAGAGACACUCUCACUAUCAGAGGAGCUGCUGAAUCUGAUCAGGGUCAGUACUGGUGUAGAGGACAGAGAUCUGGAAGACCAAACUCAUCACAAUCAAGCUCUGCUGUUUCUCUCUCAGUGAAGGUAAAGGGAAUUUCCAAAAUACAUUUUUCACUUUUGUCUUGCUUCACAGCCUUACCCAUGCCUACAUUGCAUGCGAGACCAGGCAAUCCUGUAUUUACUGGAGAGCCAGUCAAUCUGAAGUGUGUGAUUGAGUCUGGUCACAGUGACUGGACAUAUGAGUGGUAUAAAAACAGAAACAGUGUAAAGAUACAGUCAUCUUCUCGUCAAACUGUAAACAGAGACACUCUCACAAUCAGAGGAGCUGCUGAGUCUGAUCAGGGUCAGUACCAGUGUAAAGGACAGAGAUCUGGAAGACCAAACUCAUCACAAUCAAGCUCUGCUGUUUCUCUCUCAGUGAUGCGUGAGUUCAAUACUAUUAUCUUCCUACACUCUACAGUUAUUGAAUUCAGCACAAUACUGUAUAUACUCUAUUCUGAUUAUUAUUAUUAAUUGUAGAUUAAAAUCAAAAUGUA